UCUUCAGAAACUUUCUACACCUACUUUGAAACACUCCUCAAUCCGGUGAUGAUCAUAAACUCAAAGAUCUAACCAAGAUGUACUCGUAUUAUUUGUAAGGCAGCUGCUACAAAAAGAAAAGUGGCUCUACAAAUUAAAAUUUUAGUCUCUUUUAUGCUUAGUAAAUAUUCACACAAUUUUUACAUAAAUUUCCCAAUCCAAUCAAAUGGCUUGCAUGCAAACGUUUGUCUGUCACUCACUAGCACAUGGAUUGAGGAAAGUGAAAGUAGAAAGAUCCAUAAUGUAACUAUGUGAUAUCAUGUCGGUUAAAUGACAUAAUGUCAUCAUUGUUUUGAAUAUUUCUAGUAAACACGCGUUGUGGGAUAUUUCGAUGAAAGUGGUAUUUAAGAAAUGAAAAGUCAGAGUAAGAUGAAAGAGGUGUUUUAUAAGAUCAUAAUUAUAACCUUUGAGGAGAAUAGAGUAGUAGCUUGAUAUUUCUUCCUUGAGCAAACCUUCGGAGGAAGAAGUAAAAAUGGCAGAAAUAGCAGUUUCAGUAGCACUGUUUUUCAUUGAGGAAGUUAUUUCCUAUUUUGACAAUAAAGGGAACGUUGGGAGUGAUUUGCAAGCUGAAGUCAGGGCACUGGGAAGAUGGUUGAGGAAGGCGCAAGCCCAUCUGAAGGACAUGGAAGGAGCGGAAAGCAAUGAAAGCCUCAAAGAACACAUGCAUCAAAUUAGAGACUUAGCUUAUGACAUUGAGGAUGUUCUUAAUGAGUACAUGCUUUGUGUGCAACAUCGAAUUCAUAAGCAUAAAUUCUCCAACAAAGCGCAUGGAUUUUUCACCAGCGUCAUACACCGGAGUUUACUCAAUGAUGUGGAAUCCAAGAUAAAAGAAAUAAAGAGAAAGAUAGGUGAAAUUGGAGCCUUGGAUCCAAUUCGUGCUAAUAUCAACGUCGCUUCUGCUGAAGAAGGUUCAACUUCCAGCUCGAGUGUGAACGUGCCUCCCCAACUUCUUGAAGAUGAAAUUAUAGGAUUCGAAAAUCCUAGAAAAAAACUUGUUCAUCAAUUGACAAGAGGAGGAUCCAGCCGCUCAACAAUUUCAGUGGUUGGUCCUGCUGGCUCAGGUAAGACAACUCUCGUAAAGAGCGUUUAUGAGAGCAAAGAAGUUAGAGGGCAUUUCGAUUCUCAUGCUUGGCUUCGUGUCUCCUGUUUCUUUAAAUUAGAAAAGCUCAUAUGCAGCAUGCUAAAGCAAAUAGGUGUGCCCAAGGAGCUAAUUCCACACGAAGGUGUUGAUGUACAGGCUAAAGUACUGAGAGACCAUCUGCAGCAGAAAAGGUAUGUUCUUGUUUUAGAUGAUAUCUGGAGAAAAGAUGAUUGGGAACGCAUUAAAUUUGUGUUACCCAAUGGUUCUAGUGGCAGUAGAAUAAUAGUCACUACUAGGAACUCAGACUUGGCCUCUUUUUGUGUAGAAUCAUCUGAUUCUGUGAUUAGUUUAGAAUGUUUAUCCUGGCCAGAGGCUUGGGGCCUUUUCUGUAAGAAGGCUUUCAAAACCGGUCGUGGAAAAUGUCCUCCAGAAUUGGAGGAAUUGUCUCAGAAUAUUGUGAAAAGAUGUGAAGGUUUACCGAUUGCAAUUGUGGCAGUGGGCUGUUUGCUGUCAAACAGGCCACAAGUGCCAAAUGAAUGGAAAAAAUUGCAUGACAGCCUUGGAUCUGAGAUUGGAAGUAACGCCAAUCUUUCCAUUAUAAGCAGAAUGUUACUGCCAAGUUACAACCUUCUUCCAAGCAAUCAUAAGAGCUGUUUAUUGUACUUCAGCAUAUUUCCCGAGGAUCACUCCAUCGAGUGUGGAAGGCUUAUACGCCUGUGGAUAGCCGAAGGAUUUGUGAUGAAAGAAAGAGGGAAGACACUAGAGGAGGUUGCAGAGGAAUACCUCAAUGAAUUAAUUGGAAGGAAUUUGGUUCAUGUAAGUAAAUGGGAUUUUGAUGGGCGAGCAAGAAGUUGUCGACUUCAAAACCUUUUGCUUGAGUUCAUUGUUUCCAAGUCUGAGGAUGAAAAUUUUGUCUCAAUUCUUUCUGAACCGAAUGACUCAAGUUCAAGUGAGAAAGUUCGACGCUUAUCUAUCCAUAAUGCCGGCACCAAUUUGUCAUGGAGCACGCGCUUUAGUUGGGUUCGCUCCACAUUCUUUUUCAGGUGGGAUGGCCUUUCUCCCUCUCACAUUGGAAAUGUACUUUGCAACUUCCGAUACUUAAGGGUUUUAGAUUUGCAAGAUGCUCCGUUAGAAGAGUUUCCUGAAUAUGUUGUUGAUCUCUCCCUUCUAAGGUAUCUAAGUUUGAGGCGUACUAAUAUAAAGACGGUUCCAAAGUCCAUAAAGAAGCUCUCACACCUUCAAACUCUGGACCUUAGGCAAACUUAUGUGACAGAAUUGCCAGCAAAAAUCCUGCAACUUCAGAAUCUGCGAAAUCUUUUAGUGUACCGCUACAAUGUACAGAAUUAUGUAACUUUAAACUCUGUUGAAGGAGUGGCGAUGUCUGCAGGAAUUGGAGGUUGGACUGCCCUACAAAAGUUGUCACUAGUAAAGCCAGACAAGCAAGGCAAAAUUAUUAAAGAGUUAGAAGCUCUGAAACAACUGAGGAAGCUGGGACUAAUUGAUCUCAAAAGAAAAGAUGGGAAGAAUUUGUGUUCAUCAAUUCAAAAGAUGCAAAGCCUUUUGACUCUUGAUCUAAGUUCAAUCCGCAAUGAGUCUCUUGAUCUGGACCAUAUGCCUAGUCCUCCGCCUCAUCUGCAACGUCUAUAUCUCAAGGGGCACCUAGAAAAGUUACCUGGAUGGAUUUCCUCGCUUCAUAAUCUGUUCCGGAUUGUACUGAAAUGGUCAGGAUUGCAGGGAAGCCCACUUGGAACCCUUCAGGAUUUGGCUAACCUGGUGGCGCUCGAAUUAGUUGAUGUUACCUCUGGGAAAGAGUUAGUGUUUCGAGCUGGAAAAUUCAGGAAACUAAAGAUAUUACGCAUUGAACAAUUUCACCGGCUACAUACCAUGAUAAUAGAGGAAGGAACAAUGCCAGAGCUUCAAAAGCUCACCCUGUGUAGGUGCGUGGAACUGAAGAUUCUUCCGUUAGGCAUCAAUAAUCUUACUCACCUUAAAGAGUUGCUAUUGUAUGACAUGCCCAAGGAUUUCGUUGCUCAACUUCAAAAGACAAGCGAUGACCGUGACAUGGUUAGCCACAUCCCUCUCAUCCAUUCGUUCACUCUUGGAAGCAACCAAUUGUCAUUCCAAAAUCUUUCUUGAUUCGGCUUGCAAUAUGGAAACUGCCACGUUCUGAUACAAAAACUACCUUGCUAAACCGGCAUUCGCUAAAGACGGCUCGGCGGGACUCAAUCAUGGGGACUACAUUGCUGCAAAUAAACUUCUAUCAGCCAACUAUUAUCAAAAAUAAAAAAUAAAAAAACUUUCAUGUUUCUACUUCCAAGCAAUUGUCCCCAGCUUCUUUAAAUGUAUAAUUUAUUUAUUUAUUUUUUAACUUAUUGUGUAAGCUUGUGUUGUAGACAGUUGAAGCGUGUAGUUAUGUAUUUUUCUUAAUAAAAGUGGUAUAUGCUCCAAAUUUUCAUUCUAUUACAUUUGAAAAAAUUGAUAACCCUAGCUUACUUGCCAUUCCUAACAAUAUCAUCAACACCAUGGAAGUAACCAAAAAAAAGUUUAUUGCUUGGAACCCUUUGCCCCGUCUGUUAGAAAACCUAAAGUUUAUUGCUUGGAACACAUUAAUUUGAACCCUUUGCCCCGUCUGUUAGACUGUUACUCUCUCUAAUUUCAAGUGUAUUUGGAUUUCAGAUUCAAUGAUGGAGCCAGGAUUUCAAGUGAGGGGGGCAGGCUGUCAAAAAAAAAAAAAUAAUAAUACAGAGUAUAUAUAUAUAUAUAUAUAACAACUAUAAAAUUCAAAAGACAAAGAAGAAAAAAAUUAAAAUAUAAAAGGAAAGAAAAAUGAGAGAACUUUAAAAGGAAAUAGUUGAAAAGUUUCAAUUGAGUAAGAAAAAUUUGACUUUUUCUACUAAGGAAAUUUAAGGAUUGCGAUAAAAGAGAAAAUAAAAAAAAAUAAAAAUAUAAUUUUAGGAACUAAAAAUUUGAGGGGGGGCACUGUAUAAAUUUUUUCAUAUAUAUGGAAUUUUUUUAAAAAAAUUACCACAUAUAUUAUAGGUUGUUGACCAACUCGGGGGCACGUGCCCUCCCUAGGCCUUCAUUGGCUCCGUCCCUGUUUAGAUCCAU